AGCUGCGCAUGCGCCAUGUGCCCCCGUGGCGUAAGAUCUCGUCCCGUUGCGACUCUGCGAGGCGGGGCCUAGUGCUGGCUGAGGGGCGCCGGCAGUCAGCGAGGAUAUGGGGGUCGGCCGCAUCGGGGCUGUGCUCACCGCCCUGGGAAUGCUUAGUGUCUGUGCGGCCAGCGGCUCUGGGCACGUGGCGAAGAGGGAGACCGGUGCGGAGGCGGAGGGGGCGGAGCCGUGGGAUGGGGCGGUUUUCCGGCCGCCCUCGGCGCUGGGCGCGGUGGGGGUGGCGCGCAAUCCGGGGACCCGGCGGCCAGGGAGGGAGGAGGCGGUUGACUUGCCGGUGCUGCUGUGGUGGAGCCCAGGGCUGUUUCCCCACUUCCCAGGCGACUCGGAGCGCAUCGAGUGCGCGCGCGGCGCGUGCGUGGCGUCCCGGGACCGAAGGGUGAGGGGAGACUCGCGGACGCGCGCACUGCUUUUCUACGGCACCGACUUCCGCGCGUCUGAGGCGCCGCUGCCGCGCCUGGCGCACCAGAGCUGGGCGCUCCUGCACGAGGAGUCGCCUCUCAACAACUUUUUGCUGAGCCACGGUCCAGGCAUCCGCCUUUUUAAUCUUACCGCCACUUUCAGCCGCCACUCGGACUACCCGCUGCCGCUGCAGUGGCUACCUGGGACUGCCUAUCUGCGCCGCGCCGCCCCUCCGCUCCAGCAGCGCGCGGAGUGGCGCCGCCGUGGCUACGCGCCGCUGCUCUAUCUGCAGUCCCACUGCGACGUGCCUGCGGACCGGGACCGCUACGUUCGCGAGCUCAUGCGCUACAUCCCGGUGGACUCAUACGGGAAAUGCCUGCAAAAUCGGGAGCUGCCCACUCCGCGGUUACAGGACACAGCCACAGCCACCACCGAGGAUCCAGAGCUCUUGGCCUUCUUGUCCCGCUAUAAGUUUCAUUUGGCCCUCGAAAAUGCCAUCUGUGACGACUACAUGACAGAAAAACUGUGGCGCCCCAUGCAUCUCGGUGCUGUGCCUGUGUACCGCGGCUCUCCCUCUGUGAGGGACUGGAUGCCCAACAAUCAUUCCAUCAUCAUCAUUGACGACUUCGAGUCACCUCAGAAGCUGGCAGAGUUUAUUGACUUUCUGGACAAGAAUGAUGAGGAAUAUGUGAAAUACCUGGCAUACAAGCAACCUGGGGGCAUCACCAACCAAUUUCUUCUGGAUAGUCUGAAGCAUCGGGAGUGGGGAGUGAAUGAUCCUUUACUGCCUAACUACCUCAACGGCUUCGAGUGUUUCGUCUGUGACCAUGAACUGGCUCGGCUGGAUGCCGAGAAAGCCCACGCAGCCUCUCCUGGGGACAUCCCUGUCCCUGAGCCUCACAUUGCUCAGCUCUCACACAUGGCCUGCCCGAUGCCCACACCUGGAUUUGGCAGUGUGGAAGAGAUUCCUGAGAAUGACAGCUGGAAGGAGAUGUGGCUGCAAGAUUAUUGGCAAGGUCUGGACCAGGGGGAAGCUCUCACUGCCAUGAUCCACAACAAUGAGACACAGCAGAGGAAAUUUUGGGAUUACCUACAUGAGAUCUUCAUGAAAAGGAACCAAAAUCUCUGAUUACCCUUGUGAGAGUGUUUAACUUGGUAGAGCUAAAGAGAUGGAAGUCCUUAAUCUACCAUGGGACAUGAGAGGCAUCCGCUGUACAAGAACAGUGUCUUCAAAGAACUGAAUUCAAAGAAUUCCAGUUAUAUCCACUGAUAUUUUAUCCUAAUGAUGUGUAGCUAGGGUCUCAGCUAGUGGUAAUAGGGCCACUCCUCAAGAAGAGAUGGAGACAUCCAGUUCUUGGUUUAGUGGGAAAAAGAAGCCUGAAACACCCAUUUGAUUCAAGGUGCUGACCCAAGAGAAUUUUUAAAGAACUUAUUUUUCUAGCCAUUUCAUCCUCUCAAUUGUGAUUGGGAUAAUAACUUAGUA